AUGUCCUCUACCAACGGUUCCACUAUGCUGGACAGCAGCAGACCUCAGAGCAAAGAAGGGAUCGAGACACCCGACAACAUGAUCUCUGGACCUGGUGGUGCUGGUGAACCCGACGUCAACGGUCCUCCGUCCGCCUUCUCGUCGACCUUCCACGAGGGCCUCUUCAUCCUCGUGAUGGGCCUGUCACAGUUGUUCUCUGUGGGUGGUCUUGGAAAUGCCGCCUUCUCGGUGCAAGAAAUUGGGCAGUCGCUGAAUGCCACAAGCAAUGGCCAGAUGUCCUGGUUCCUGGCCGCAUACUCUCUCUGUGGUGGUGUCUUCGUGCUGGUGACCGGACGAUUGGGUGACCACUUUGGCCACAAAUACGUCUUCCUUUUCGGCUGGCUAUGGAUGGCUUUGUGGUCUCUGAUCAGCGGGUUUGCCAAGGAUGUCAUUCUCUUUGACAUUGCUCGCGGCAUGACAGGGAUUGGAAACGGUGCCCUCGUCCCCAACUCCUUUGCCCUGAUCGCCCGGGCUUUCCCACCAUUCUCCGUCAAGAAGAACAUCGCAUUUGCUUUCCUCGGCUUCUGUGCGCCUUCAGGCUACAUCUUCGGUGGGCUCAUCGGCGCUGCAUUUGCCGAGAAUGUUACCUGGCGAUGGGGAUUCUGGUUCUGGGCCAUUGGCUGCCUCGUCUUGGGCGUAGGCACCUACUUCAUUGUCCCCCAUAGCGUGGGCUCGCCCGUACCUGGACUCAGCCUCAAGCAGUUCGACUAUCUGGGAUCCUUCCUCGGUGUCUCGGGUCUCAUUCUUUUCUCGUUCGCCUGGAACCAAGCUUCUGUGGUUGGCUGGCAAGAGCCCUACGUCUACGCGCUCCUCAUUGUCGGCAUCGUCUUGAUUGUCGCCUUUGCCUUCUCGCAGUCACACGUCAAGGCCCCCGUCUUGCCCAACUCCCUAUGGACUCGCAAGGGCUUCACCCCCAUUGUGACAGCGAUGUCCUUUGGCUGGAUGUCAUUCGGUAUCUUCCUCUAUUACACCACCAUCUUCAUUCUCACGAUUCACCACGCGCAGCCACUCACGGCUGUCGCCCAGAUGGUACCACUGGUCAUUGGUGGUUUCUUUGCGACCGCCUCAGUCGGAAUCUUCAUCCCCAAGGUGCCUGCGCAGUACAUCUUCGGAGUCUCCAUGUUCUCUUUCCUGAUUGGUAACCUCCUCAUGAGCUUCGCCAACUACUCCCCCGUCUACUGGGCCUUCAUCUUCCCCGCUUGUCUGUUUGUUGUCGGUGGGCCCGAUCUCUCCUUCGCCUCGUCGGGUAUUCUGAUCUCCAACGCGGUCUUGCCCGAGGAGCAGGGUGUCGCAGGUUCAUUCAUCUCCACGGUGGUGCAGUACUCCAUCUCCAUCGGCCUGGGCAUUGCGGCGACCGUUGAGGCGCACACUAACAGCGGCGGCAAGGAUGUGGUGCACGGGUACCGUGGUGCGCUCUGGCUGGGUAUCUGUUUCGCUGCGGUGGCCUUUUUCAUUGUCGUUCUCUUUGUCCGGGACACUCGGUUCUCUAAGAAGACCAACGAUGAGUCUGCUGUGGGCGGCAGCGAGGGCGGACUCGAAAAGUCCGAGGCUUGA